AUGGAGCCAGAAACGAAUUCUGCCACUAAUAUUCUUUUUAUUUCGUCUUACUUGCUGCUGCUGCUGCUUUUACUCCCUUCUGCUGCUUCUUUCCCCUUGUGCCUUGAUUCAAAGGCACCAUUUAGUCCGAAGACACCUUUGGUUUUCUGUCCUAACGAUGGCAGUGUCUGUUGUGACUCCAACCAGGAUUUGGAAUUGCAGAAAGUAUUUCAAUCUAUGAACAUUUCUGAACAUGUUUGUGCUUCUCUAAUGAAAUCUGUACUUUGCGCGCAAUGUCAUCAAUUCUCAUGGGAUUUAUUUAGAAGUGAUUCAGGGACUCGAUCAGUUCCAAUACUCUGCACCGGUUCAGCGAACUUAACUCUAUCCAAGAACACUUCAAAUAAUUUUUGUUCAAAGGUAUGGGAUGGAUGCAAAACUGCAUCCAUACUAAAUUCUCCAUUUGCACCCUCGCUACGGAAUAAAAUUAAAGUAGCAGUUCGUUCUACUUCUUCUUCUUCUAAAUUAGCCGAUCUUUGGAAGUCAAAUACUAGUUUCUGUAAAGACUUUGGUGGAUCUCCAGAUGAUGGACUAGUAUGUUUCAACGGGACAUCAGCAAUGCUACAUAAUACUGCAGAUCCGGAGCCGCCAAAUGGCAUUUGCCUUGAGCAAGUAGCUAAUGGGUCUUAUCUUGAUAUGACACCUCAUCCAGAUGGAUCCAACCGUGUUUUCUUGGCUAGCCAACAAGGUAAAAUAUGGUUGGCGAAUGUUCCGGAAGAGGGAACUGGAGAAGCAAUGGUCCUAGAUGAAUCAAAUCCAUUUGUAGAUUUAUCUGAUACGGUACACAUUAGUACCGAGCUUGGGCUGAUGAGCAUAGCAUUCCAUCCAGACUUUGCGCACAACGGCCGUUUCUUUGGAUCAUAUAGUUGUGACAUGGACCAUUGGUCUGGAUGUUCUGGAAGAUGUUCAUGUAAUACAGACGUUGACUGUGAUCCUUCAAAGCUUCGUACUCGUUACGGGGCUCGGCCAUGCCAAUUUCAUACUAUUAUCUCAGAGUAUACCGCUAACAACAGCGGGUCUGAUCCAUCCACGGCAACAAAAGGCAAUCCGGUGGAAGUGAGGAGGAUAUUCACAAUGGGCAUUGCGUAUACGAAUGCUAAUGGGGGACAAAUCAUCUUUGGUCCUGAUGGGUACUUAUACUUUAUGACAGGAGACGGCGAAACUGAACUUGAUCCGUACAAUCUUGCCCAAAACAAGAAAUCCUUGCUUGGUAAAAUUCUGAGGUUUGACGUCAAUAACUUUCCAAGUAAAGCAGAACUAACCAAACUUGAUACAUGGGGGAAUUACUCUAUACCAAAAGAUAAUCCGUUUAUGGAUGACAGGAAUUCCCUUCCUGAAAUUUGGGCCUUGGGGUUAAGAAAUCCAUGGCGUUGCAAUUGGGAUUCAGAGAGACCAUCCUACUUCCUCUGUGUAGACUCUGGCAAGGAUCAAUACGAAGAAGUGGAAAUAAUCACGAAAGGUGGAAACUACGGAUGGCCAUAUUUUGAGGGAACAUUCCCUUUCCAUUUUCAGAAUUCUUCUAGUGGAAAUAAGAAUAAAGACUCUACAAACCUUAUCUUUCCUUUAAUGGGAUACGAUCACUCUCCUGUUAAUACAAACGAUGGUUCUUCGUCCAUUGCAGGUGGUUUUGUAUAUAGGUCCGAUACUGAUCCAUGCUUAUAUGGCAAGUACUUGUUUACAGAUUUAUACGGGUUUGCUAUAUGGGCAGGGACAGAGAACCCCGAAAACAGCGGGACAUUUACUACUGCUAAGGUUCCUUUUAGUUGUUCUCGUAACUCUCCAAUUCAGUGCAAUUUGGAAAAAGAAAAAUCUCACCUUAAUUUGGGUUAUGUUUUCUCAAUGGGAAAGGAUAAUAGGAAGGAUAUAUAUCUUUUAACAAGCAAGGGUGUACUCCGGAUCGCUCCUUCAAGUCGAUGUAACUAUGUAUGCUCGAAGGAAAAUCUUACAGCUUUCCGAAAUCCACAACAUGAGCACUUGGAGUAG